GGUGUGAGGGAGCUAAGCAUUGUGGGGGUUGCCGGUAGUUUCGGCGGGUUCUGUUAAAAUGGCGCCGCGGUUACGCGCUGUCCCCAACCGUUAGGCUAGCGGCCGGCGGGGGAGGGUGCCCGUAGACCCGCGUGGGUGGGCGGGAGAAGGGAGGCGGGUAGGCCGGCCAGGUGUGAGGGCGAGCCCAGCGGUGGAGCCUCCGGUACGCGCCGCGGGGUGAAGAAGGGGCAGGAGUCAGGUGAAAGAAGCGGAGAGGGCGGGGGCGGGGGGGUGGUGGCGGCGGUCCCCCCCCUCCCCCUCCCCGUGGGCGCGCGCUUCCACUCUCCCUCCCCCGUCCCGCUUCAGCCCCGGCGCGAGGAUGGCGACUCCGGACCAGAAGUCCCCGAACGUUCUGCUGCAGAACCUGUGCUGCCGGAUUCUGGGCAAGAGCGAAGCUGAUGCAGCCCAACAAUUUCAAUAUGCAGUUCGAGUUAUUGGUAGCAACUUUGCCCCAACCGUUGAAAGAGAUGAAUUUCUAGUGGCUGAAAAAAUCAAGAAAGAACUUGUUCGACAAAGAAGGGAAGCAGAUGCUGCGUUAUUUUCAGAACUCCACAGGAAACUCCAUUCACAGGGAGUUUUGAAAAAUAAAUGGUCAAUACUCUACCUCCUGCUUAGUCUCAGUGAAGAUCCACGAAAGCAACCAAAUAAGGUUUCUAGUUACGCCACACUAUUUGCUCAAGCAUUACCAAGAGAUGCCCAUUCAACUCCUUACUAUUAUGCCAGACCUCAGAGCCUCCCACUGAAUUACCAAGAUCGGAACACCCAGUCUGCACAAAGUUCUGGAAGCAUGGGAAGCAGUGGAAUCAGCAGCAUAAGCAUGUAUGCUCUGAAUGGUCCAAUACCAACACCACAGUCUCUCCUUCCAGGACAAUCUUAUCAAACCACAGGAGUAGGAGAUGGCUUUCGACAGCAGUUGGGGUCACGUCUUGCAUGGACAUUAACUGCAAAUCAGCCUUCUUUACAAACCGCUACCUCAAAAGGCCUGCCAAACACUGUUUCUCGUAAUGUGACUAGAUUAAGAAGAGAUGCCGAUACAAGUGGUGCUAUAGAAAUAACUGAAGCAGCCCUUGUAAGAGAUAUUUUAUACGUCUUCCAGGGAAUAGAUGGCAAAUACAUCAAAAUGAGCAAUUCUGAAAAUUGCUAUAAAGUUGAAGGAAAGGCAAACCUAACCAGAUCUUUGAGAGAUACGACAAUAAGACUUGCUGAGUUAGGAUGGCUGCAUAAUAAAAUUAGAAAAUACACCGACCAGAGGAGUUUAGAUCGAGCAUUUGGACUUGUAGGUCAGAGCUUUUGUGCUGCCUUACAUCAAGAACUUAAAGAAUACUAUAGACUACUCUCUGUUUUACACUCCCAGCUUCAGCUAGAGGAUGAUCAAGGUGUAAAUUUGGGACUUGAAAGCAGCUUAACACUUCGUCGUCUCCUAGUCUGGACAUAUGAUCCUAAAAUAAGGUUGAAGACCCUUGCAGCACUGGUUGAUCACUGUCAAGGAAGGAAAGGUGGCGAACUAGCUUCAGCAGUCCAUGCCUAUACUAAAACAGGAGAUCCAUACAUGAGAUCCCUAGUACAACAUAUUCUCAGUUUGGUAUCGCAUCCUGUUUUGAAUUUUCUUUACCGUUGGAUAUAUGAUGGAGAGCUGGAAGAUACAUACCAUGAAUUUUUUGUAGCUUCAGAUCCUACAGUUAAAACUGAUCGGCUAUGGCAUGACAAGUAUACGUUAAGAAAAUCUAUGAUUCCUUCUUUUAUUACAAUGGACCAGUCCAGAAAGGUUCUUCUGAUAGGAAAAUCUAUUAAUUUCUUGCAUCAGGUUUGUCAUGAUCAAACACCAACUGCAAAGAUGAUAGCUGUGACAAAGUCUACAGAGUCUCCAAAAGAUGCUGCAGACUUAUUCACAGAUUUGGAAAAUGCAUUUCAGGGAAAAAUUGAUGCAGCUUAUUUUGAGACCAGCAAAUACUUAUUGGAUGUUCUUAAUAAAAAAUACAGUUUGUUGGAGCAUAUGCAGGCUAUGCGGCGAUAUUUACUUCUUGGUCAAGGAGAUUUUAUAAGGCACUUAAUGGACUUGCUUAAACCAGAGCUUGUCCGUCCAGCUACCACUUUGUAUCAGCAUAACUUGACAGGAAUUCUUGAAACUGCUGUCAGGGCAACUAAUGCACAGUUUGACAGUCCUGAAAUCCUUAAACGACUGGAUGUUAGACUUCUGGAGGUAUCUCCAGGUGAUACUGGAUGGGAUGUGUUCAGCCUGGACUAUCAUGUUGAUGGACCAAUUGCAACUGUGUUUACUAGAGAGUGCAUGAGUCACUAUCUAAGGGUGUUUAACUUUCUUUGGCGAGCUAAACGGAUGGAAUAUAUCCUCACUGACAUACGGAAAGGACAUAUGUGCAAUGCAAAACUCCUGAAAAAUAUGCCAGAGUUCUCUGGGGUGCUGCAUCAGUGUCACAUUCUGGCAUCAGAAAUGGUCCAUUUCAUUCAUCAAAUGCAGUAUUAUAUUACAUUUGAGGUACUUGAAUGUUCAUGGGAUGAACUUUGGAACAAAGUCCAACAGGCUCAAGAUUUGGAUCACAUCAUUGCAGCUCAUGAGGUGUUCUUGGACACCAUCAUCUCUAGAUGUCUGCUGGACAGUGACUCCAGAGUCCUUUUAAAUCAACUUCGAGCUGUAUUUGAUCAAAUUAUUGAACUUCAGAAUGCUCAAGAUGCAAUAUACAGAGCUGCUUUGGAAGAGCUACAGAGGAGAUUGCAAUUUGAGGAAAAGAAGAAACAAAAUGAAAUUGAGGGUCAGUGGGGAAUCACAGCAGCAGAGGAAGAAGAGGAAGAAAAGAGGAUUAGAGAAUUUGAAGAAUCUAUACCAAAAAUGUGUUCCCAGUUGCGAAUAUUGACACAUUUUUACCAGGGUAUCGUACAGCAGUUUUUGGUGUUACUGACAACAAGUUCUGAUGAGAGUCUUCGGUUUCUUAGCUUUAGAUUGGACUUCAAUGAACAUUAUAAAGCAAGAGAGCCAAGGCUUCGAAUGUCUUUGGGCACUAGAGGGCGCCGUAGUUCCCAUAUGUGAACAAAUUCCAAAACCACGUUUUGAAUCUGAUGUUAAAUAUUUGGUUGAACAUAAAGAUCCACACGUAAGAAUGAAACCAAAUGGCCUGCAGCUCCGUCUGCCCAUAAGUACUUCAGACGUGUGAAUGUGUGGCAUCAUGGUAGAAAUACAAAAAGCAAAUCUUGUUUAUACAUUGGAAUUGAACAUAUUUGUUAUAUUACUAAGUUAAUAGAUUGGUUUGCACUAUUCCAAUUUAUUUUUUUGAAACUUCGUAUUUAAAGAAUGUCAUGUUUUGUUGGAGUUUUCUAAGUUCUAUACUUUUAUUUAUAUUCAUCAUUUCGAAAAAAAUCACAAUUUCUUUUAGAGAAAACAAGUGGUGGGGUAUUGAAGUAAGGUGCGAUGUCAUUAACUUUUUUUAAGCAUCCUCUUUGGAGGCAGUUUUUGUUAAUAAUAAAUCAAUCAGAUCCUGAAAUAUUGUCCUUACCAAGAAAAUACAUGAAGUGUUUUAUUAUACUGAUUUUAAUGUUGUAAUGUACUUGCCUGUGUGAGAACCUUUGUAUCUUGAUACAUUAACUUUACAUACAUUUGUUUUCUUUCAUGCUUCAAGGUUUACAUUUUUAUAUUUGAUUUACUAUUUCAGAUAACUUUUAAAAGUCAUAUGCAAAAAUAUGGAAAACACUAAUAGAAUCAACAUAAAACAAAAAUACACUUAAAUAAUUAAAGUUUAGUUUUCAAAAUUGUCAGAUGAAGUUAUGUGUAAAUAUAGAUGUGAUUGAAACAUUUUGUGUUCAAAAUUCUGAUGUGUAUUAGAAAGAAAUUGAUUCGUAUAAUGAAAAUAUCCUUUUGGCUUGGCUAUUUUUUCAUUGUAAAUAUUUAUAUAUUACUGUUAGAGAGACUUUUUUUUUGUAAAAAUAUCAUUAUAUCAAGUCAUUUAAGUCUCCAUUUAUUAUGUUCCAUACAUAAAAGUUUAGGAAAAUUAAAAUACGUUUAUCUUUCAAA